AUGCUGCAUAACGAAACCGAUGACAGCAUGUCAACAAGCAUUCCUCUGCUGGCGGCCAUUAGUGGUGCCGGGGGCAUUCAAAAGGCCGAUAUUGUUAAACGUCUGGAACAAUUGAACAAAUGGCAGGAGGAGCAGAAACAAUUAUUAGCACUGAGGCAAAAUGUGCAACGACAAAUGCUGGGCAUGGAACAAAAGACAAUGUAUCAAAUGUUGGGGUUACAUGGUGGUGGUGAUGACGAGGAGGAGGGUGAUGCAUCAAGUGAAGUAGAUGAGAGUAGACAGGAGUAUGAAGAAGGUGGUGAGCAUCCAGAUGAUGAUGGAGAAAAUGAAAAUCACAGCUAUUCCACAAGGGAUCAAUUGACCACACAGCACAGCAUGGAACCGUCAUCAUAUAAAACUCUGACAUCUGGCUAUGGUACAGAGGAAUAUAUAGAUAUACCACAACAAGCUGUACAGAAACCCAAGAGACCUUUUUUGAAAAGAGGCGAAGGUUUGAAACAACGAUUUAAAAUCGAUCCCGAGGAAUUGAGAAUAACAAAUUUGCCACGCUAUAAAUAUGCCAAUGCCCACCCCAAGCUUAAGGCAAAGACAAACAAAAAGGCUACUACUAAAGCGGUACAAAAGCCAAAGGUACAGGAUGUCAGACCUCCUUCACCCCCAUUAAAUGUCUUGGAUGCCAAUGAGAAACGAUUCCAACAACUGUUGAUCUCAUCGAAAAAUGUAUGCAAUUCCACACCGGAUACCAAGUCCUCACUGAUGUCAAGUAAAAAUAUUUCCAGUUCUUCCUCCUCAACAUCGACAAAUAGUUCUCAUAGCUUGCCCAAAGUUCGAUUUGUAGAGACAACUCCUCCUGUGAAUAAUAAUAGCAAUGGAAUGGUUCACAAAUAUCCCAAUAAUGAAGUGGCAAGGCCAGCUCCACCAAGUGCCCUGGCCUGGUCUAAAAUUUUAGAUUCACAACAAAUUAAACCCUUACCCAUUCUGCGUACAAAUAGUUGUGAUCGGCAAAAUCUGCCACAAAGUGAAGAGGAUAUUUUUGAGUUGUUGGAGCAGAAAGCCAAAAAUGGUAGCUUUGACAUGGACUCGACCUGCAUGCGGCAAUUUAUGCAACGUCGUACCACUGAGACGAAAUUUAAUGACACCGAUGUUAUACCCGUUAACGAUCAAUUAAGGACAAGACGUUUACAACCCAUUGUUAUUGGAGGAGGUGGCGGUCAGAAUAAUCGCGAUGAAUCCACAUCUUCCCUGGAGGAAGAAAAUGAUGAAAACUCAACAAUUAUACCUAAUAGUACCGAGGCCGGAGAAGAAUCUACACAAAAGACAUUGGAAUCCACAAAUUCACAAUUUGUCACUCCCAACAGCAGGGCUUCAGAGAAUCGUGUACGUUUCUCGGAGUGCCAUGACACCCGAGAAUUUCAUGAAGAACAGACGGUCAGUGAUUUCUCCAAUUUUACCAAUGCCAACGAAACGCCCGGAGAUCUUUCGAAUAAUGUGUUUUUUGAACAAUUUAAAAAGGCCCUCUUUGCUGCCCUGCAAGAUAAGGCUGAACAACAUGAGACCUCAAAUUCCAUGAUGGAAAGUGAAGGAGGAGGCGGAGGGGAUGAAACAACUCUCACCUCCAAGGAUUCAUUUAUGGAAUCAAAUACCUCGCUACCUCUUCCACCCAACUCCCUGGAAUUACAAGAAAAAACCCAAUUAAUUAAAACCCGUCUCGAAGAGCUGGAAAAAGAAAUUGCCCUGUUCAAGCAAAACAAUGCUCAAUUAAUGAAGGCCAAACAGGAACAUGAAUUACUUAUAUCACAACAUGCCCAGGAGCAAUUGGAAGCCACUGAACGUUUGAACGAUGAACGCAUUCAAAUGGAAAUCUAUUUACAUGAUGAACGAAUGAAACUCGAAGAGGACAAACGGAAGUUUGAACAGUCGUGUAAAAUGAAAACUCAAGCUAUGGCCAGCAAAGAACGUAAAGAAAUGGAAAAGCUAAGGGAACAAGUUGCCCAGCUGGAGGCACAAUUGAAGACAAAAGAUUCCAAUCAUGCUGCUGCUCAGGCUCGAUGGCGUACACAAAUUCGCACCAUGGAAAGGGAAGAGAAACGGCUGCAUGAACAAAUUGAAUUGCUCACCAAGGAAAAUAAACGUUUGGAAAAUGAAAUGCUCAAGGCUAGCCGGGAAAAUAAUAAUAAAUUACUGCAGGAGAUUAAUCGGAAUAUUGCCAAAUUGGCGCCGAAACAGACCCAACAUGCCUCAAUAUCAUUUCCCAGCGAUGAUCAACCUCCCGUUCUGGCCUCAUCGAAAAAUACAACAAAACCGGGUACAACAAAUAAAAAUUCAAAAUCUCCUUCUAAGAAAACGAAAAGGAUAACAAAAACAAAUACAACUACUUCGACGGCUAGCAAUCGUACCAUUAUGAAACAAGAACAGCACAGUUUUCCCGAUACUCCAUCUUCGGAUGAAAAUUAUACGGAACUAGGUUUUCAAAAAAGUGUUACAAAACCCAAAAGUCCGCAUACAUCAGCCUAUAGCGGAUACCCUGAAGUAGGUGAAGAUGAGGAUGAUGAUGAUAUUUUACAGGAGUUGCAGGCAAACAACAAUCGAACCCCCAUUACAACAAACAAAGUAUCCCCAGCAUCCUCCUCCCAGAUGAAGGAAUCGAAAUCAACAGCGAAUAAUGAAAACAAAUCACCCGAUGAUGAUAAUUUGAAACGUGAGAUACUCAAUGCGGAUGGUAGUAAAGAUAUUUGGUAUCCAAAUGGUAAUUUAAAGAAAAUCUCCGCCGAUGGUAUGCUGAUACGGAUGCUGUACUAUAACAAAGACAUUAAGGAGACAAACAUAAAUGAGGGCACAGUGAAAUAUUAUUAUCACGAGACAAAUACAUGGCACACCACCUAUUUGGAUGGUUUGGAAAUUCUGGAAUUUCCCAAUGGCCAGAUAGAACAUCGUCAUAAAACGGGUUUGGUGGAAGUGCAUUAUCCAAAUAAUUCAGUAAAAAUAAUCGAUCCACGUGAUGAAAAGAAAGCCGAAGAAUGGCGUUUCCCAGAUGGUACUCACCUAGUGCAGAUGCGUAAUGGUGAUAAAAUCCUCUCUCUACCAAAUGGUCAGAAAGAGAUACACACCAAACUGCAAAAACGUCGUGAAUAUCCAGAUGGUACAGUGAAAAUUGUCUACCCGGAUGGUAGUACCGAGACACGUUAUUCUAAUGGACGGGUGCGUCUCAAAGAUAAGGAGGGAAAUUUGGUAAUGGACACCGAGGAGACGAAAUGAAAAUUAUUU